CGCCCCAUCAGCCAAUCAUGCGCCCCGUGACUCCGUUUUGAAUCUGAGUCGUGUAACCGUUCGGUGCUGUUGUUUUGCGAAAGCACUGUGCCUCGCCUCCUUUAUUCCUGGUUUUCCUCAUUUAAAAAAAUAAAAUAAUUCUUAGUCAUGGAUUUGGAUUCGAUGAAAUAUGCGGAGCUACGCGGCCUAGCGAAGCAGCUGGGUCUGAAGGCUAAUAUGAAGGCCGACAAGUUGCUAAAAGCCGUUAAGAAGCAUUUUGAACAACAAAAGGAGACUGAGGAAGACAAGGUAGAAGAGAUGGAGGCCAAUGUCACUGCUGAGGUGAAGGCAGACGAGUCCAAGGUGGUGGUUUGCAGCUCCUCGGUGUUUGUGAACACACGUCGAGGCAAAACGAACAACGAAAAGAAAAGAGCCUGUGAUCCUAAUGCCAAAUUGGAUGAUGAGAGGCGCAGUGAAGUUGUCCCACUGGGCCACGUCUUAAAGCAGAGACGAUUGUCUUCUCCAUCCAAGAUUGAACGGGAGGGAGAGCACGAGCCUCUGGUCGAGUCUUCAAGCACGAGCAGUCGAGUUCAGAAUGAUGCCAAGGAUGACGCAGUUAAUGUUCCUCGUGUGGCCAAAGCUGCUAAGAUCCCUCGUUACAAGGGGCACCAGGUGAAGAGGGCAGCCCUGAAGCCAGCCACUCCCAACUUCCAAAAACUCCACGAGGCCCAUUUCAACAAGAUGGAAUCCAUCGACGACUAUGUGCAGAGGAAGAAGAAGAUGAAUAUGGAACCCGUCCAAGAGCUCAAGGCAGCGAAGGCCAGUGGUGUGUCCCUGUUCAGCCCCGCGCCCUACAGGACCAAGAAUCCGCCGGCUGAGGGCAAACCAGAUUCCCAAAACAAGAUGGUCAAGAAACAGAAAGAUGCAGUGUUACAGCCCUUCGUCCUUUCCACAAGAAGGAUUAACGUCAGGUUCUCAGAGGCGAGCUCGCUGGUGAAGACGCCGGCACGCAUGUCGCUCGCCUUGGCCGCCAGCACGCCCAAGCAGCAGACGGCGAGAGAGAGGAAAUCCACAGCUUCGUCUGUCACCAAACCUUCAGCAUCAUUUGUGUUCACCGGCAACACGAGCGUAACUCCAGGGACGCAGAAGAAGUCAGCUUUCGACCUGAAGGCCAGCCUGUCCCGGCCACUCACCUACAAGCCUCACACGGGCAAGAUAAAGCCGUUCGGCGGCGACAACGCCACCAGCAAGUCUUUGGUUGCUGACUCUCGUCAGAAAAACUACAAACAGCACCAAGUGCAGACAAGGGAGGAGAGACAUGUCAAACUCGCAGAAGAGCGCAAAGCAAAGAAGUCCAACUUAAUGUGUGCACGACGAGGCCUGGUGAUGAUGUAAACUUUUGAACUACUACUUCCUCUUGUAAAUAUGUUGUCUGUCGCCUUCUUGUUUAAGGGUCUUGUAGUUGGAGCUUAUUAGCAUUUUAGCUUGUGUGCAAUCCAUUUUAGCACGUUUACAAUGUUAUUAAAAGGACAGUAUGUACUUUGGGUGCUUUGUUGUUGUUUUCACAAUAAAAAGGCUGCAAUUCA